AUGCCUCACCCGUCACAUGAUGGUGUUCCCGACGGAACAACGAGUGCUCAUGUCGCUGACGGUGAUUUUGAGAAACAGGAAUCCGAGGAUGGACGAGAUGACGCCAGCCGACGAGUGGCUGAUGAAAAACGUACAUCAGAUGGUGGAGUAAUUCUUACGGAAUCGGAUGUGUAUGACAAGUUAGGAUUUACAUUUCCCUUCUGGAAAAAAUGGGGCAUCCUCAGCGUGAUUUUUCUCGUCCAAGUAUCAAUGAACUGGAAUGCUAGCUUUUACGCUGGCGCAAUCACUGGAUUGUCCAAACACUUCCACAUUUCCAAGCAAGCUGCGCGUGUGGGACAAAUGAUUUUCCUGGUCUGUUAUGGAUUUGGUAGUGAAUUGUGGGCUCCAUGGAGUGAAGAGAUGGGCAGGUGGCCGAUCAUGCAGCUCAGUUUGUUUUUCGUCAACAUCUGGCAAAUACCUUGUGCUCUAGCCCCAAAUUUUGGUACAAUUAUAGUGUGCCGAGCUCUCGGUGGUCUAUCUUCUGCUGGUGGUUCGGUCACCCUUGGUAUGGUUGCUGAUAUGUGGGAGCCCGACGAUCAGCAAUAUGCUGUCGCUUUCAUCGUGCUUUCGUCCGUCGCUGGAUCGGCCUUUGCACCUAUUGCAGGAGGCCCAGUCUCGGAAUGGCUAAGCUGGCAUUGGAAUUUUUGGAUUCAAUUGAUUAUCGGUGGUGCUGUCCAAGCCAUUCAUCUCUGGGUUCCUGAGACACGCUGUAGCAUUCUGGUGACUCGCGAGGCUCAGAGACGCCGCAAGAGAGGCGAAAAUGUCUACAGCUACAGUGAACUCGAGAAUACAAAAUUCCAAUGGAGGCCUAUCGUCACGGUCUGGCUUCGACCGUUCCUUAUGUUUGCCCGAGAACCAAUUGUAUUGUGGCUUUCUUUGCUGUCUGGAUUUUCCGACUCUCUGAUCUUCACUUUCCUUCAAGCGUACCAACCAGUCUACCAGCAAUGGGGGUUUGGAGACGUUCGAGUAGGUCUUUGUUUCAUUCCUAUCAUCAUUGGAUACGGGAUUGCGUAUCUUUCAUUCUUACCAUGGAUCUACAAGCAUACAAAGAUACGGAAACGAGACCCAGAUGCGCUUCAACCGGAGUCUCGGUUAUAUUGGCUCUUAUGGACUGCACCGUUAGAGACUAUAGGUCUGUUCGGCUUCGCCUGGACCAGUUUAGGUCCCCCUCAUGUUCACUGGAUAGCGCCAAUGAUAUUCUCCACUUGUAUUGCAAUUGCAAACUAUGCAAUCUACAUGGCUACAAUUGAUUACAUGGUUGCCUCAUAUGGACCGUAUUCCGCUUCGGCUACCGGUGGAAAUGCAUUGGCACGAGAUUUCCUUGCAGGUAUUGCUGCAAUGUAUUCAACUCCCAUGUAUGAGAAUAUGGGCACUACAUUACACUUGGAAUGGCCGACCACCCUACUAGGCUGUCUCUGUAUCUUCAUCACCGCUCCGAUCUACAUCUUUUAUUGGUUUGGUCCAAAGAUCAGAGAAAAAUCCAAAUUUGCCCAAGUUCUUGCAAGCGACCGCCGAGCCAAGGGAGCCAGAUCCGUUCGCUGCGGUUCAGAGACCCAAGGUGCGGAGGGUACUUACUUGGGCUCGCAGAAUGCUCACACUGGCUCUUUCCGUGGCACUCGUGCGUCCGGGUCGGGGUGCUCUGCAUAA